CCCAAAUGGAGGGUGAUCCAUGUGAAGAGGCCCAGCCCAGCUGACAACACCAGCCCCUGAGAAGCAGCGCAGGCGCAGGGCAUUCCAGAACGUUCGGCGCCGGCGAGGCCACACGCCCACCAUCAGUCAGCCGCCCCGCCAAAGCCAUGCGCCUCCCCGCCGGCGCACGCCUCGCGCUCCUGCUCGCCCGCCGCUCCCUCUCCUCCUCCCCCCGCAUCCCGCGGGCGCACACAGGGAUAUGGAGCGAGGCGCCCUCCCGGAGCUCUCCCUUCUCUCCGCCGAGCAGCGCCCGCAGGUCCUUCCACGGGACCAGGCCGGUGGCGGCAAGGGACUACUACGAUGUGCUCGGCGUCAGCAAGAGCGCCAGCCAGGCGGAGAUAAAAAAGGCCUAUUAUGGGCUUGCAAAGAAGCUCCACCCAGACACAAAUAAAGGUGAUGCGGAUGCAGAACGCAAGUUUCAAGAGGUUCAACGAGCUUAUGAGACUUUAAAGGAUGAACAAAAAAGAUCAUUAUAUGAUCAGGUUGGCCCUGAUCAGUAUGAGAAAACUGCUUCUGGCGGAGGCGGAACUGGCUUCGAGGGUGGUUUUGGAAAUCCAUUUGAGGAUAUUUUUGGUGGUGGCGGUGGCGGUGGUGGAAUGAAUGAUUUCUUUAGGAACAUUUUCGGGGAUAGGGACUUUGGAGGACGAGAUGUUAAGGUUGCACUCGAACUAUCAUUUGUGGAAGCAGUUCAAGGGUGCAGCAAAACGGUCACCUUCCAAACGUCUGUAACAUGUGAAAUCUGUGGUGGAGCCGGUGUGCCUCCUGGAACCACACCUGAAACAUGUCUAUCUUGCAGGGGUUCAGGAUUUAUAUUCAUGCAAACCGGGCCAUUCAGGAUGCAAUCAACCUGCACAAAAUGUGGUGGUUCUGGGAAAACUGUGAAGGAAUUCUGCAAGGCAUGCAGAGGAAACAAAGUUGUGCCUGGAAGGAAAUCAGUCCGCCUUGACAUACUGCCUGGUUCGGAUAAUGAGGACACCAUAAAGGUGGUUCGAUCAGGUGGAGAAGACCCAGAUGGCCGUCCAGGUGAUCUUUAUGUGACCCUCGAGGUUCGUGAGGAUCCUGUUUUCCGAAGAGAGAAAGGUGAUAUUCAUGUUGAUGCUGUCCUGAAUGUGACUCAGGCAAUUUUGGGAGGGACAGUUCAAGUCCCAACUCUCAGUGGAGACGUUGUUCUAAAGAUCAAGCCCGGUACUCAACCUGGUCAGAAGGUAGUUCUGAGAGGAAAAGGGAUCAAGACAAGAAACUCACCGUACCACGGAGAUCAAUAUGUCCAUUUCAAUGUCAACAUCCCCGAAAAUUUGACGUCUAGACAGCGGGAGCUGAUCGAGGAAUUCGCGAAGGAGGAGCAAGGCGAAGACGAGAAGGACGCCAAGGCAGCAGCUGGAGCAUCGGGGGGAUAGCCGGUUUUAGGAGCCACAGUAGUGCCUUUUAGCUGGUAUUUAUACCGUGACCGUAGACCUGUCUCAAAUUCGCAGCGGAAAGAUUUAUAGAUAGGUCUUUGUUUCGGAUUUUGUAGCUGGAAUAAAUGAAUAAUACGUCUAGAACUGAUUUUCUGUC